ACAAUAAUUGAAAGGAAAGGAAACAAAUAAGUACUCAGUGCGACAAUAAUUGAAAGGAAACAAAUAAGUACGGAUUACAGUGUUAGUAGUUUACUACCGACUAACAGCUAGCAAAAAAGACGAGUGAGUGGCAGACAAGGAAGACCUUAAUUCAAAGAACGUACAAACUAAUCACGCAAACCCACUCAGCAAAAGCAUGUGACAAGAUUCUUAUCACUAUGCGGUCCUUUUGCUCGAUCGAGUUUUAACCAAUCACAACACUUCAUAGCCUAUAGCUUUUCCCUUGAGAAGUCGCACCAAGUCCAUACAGGUCGAUCGGUGGGAAACGCUUGAUAAGCUUGAUCAAAUGCAGAGCUGUUGGUUACCGGGGCAAGAGAAGUUGAGAGCUUGUCAGUGGGUUGCACAGACAUGGGAAUGAAGGGAGUGAGAAAGUUAAGUCGAAAGAUCUUCAAAAACGUUUGCAAUCGUGAUGGAGAUCUCUGGAGAUCAUACGAGGACGCUUGCAAGAAUGAAAAGGAUUUCUUAACUGAACUGGGCAAGUUCCUAGAGUCGUAUGAGAAAUGUUUGAUUCAAAUUAAGAAGGUGAAAAACAACGACGGAGGCAAUGAUGAUGGUUACAUGAGGAUUUUGGAGAAAUUGAAGAAUGUCAAGGGGGCCUCAGGUAGAGUCUAUGAUCAGCAUUUUGCACAUCAAAUUUUGUGCGAAAAGGUUGAAUGUUUGAAGACGCAGCGAGAAGAUUUGCAUGACGAAUUGACAGGCCAAAAAGAAAAGCCUCGCAAGAAGUAUGAUUGUACUCGUGCUUGGAGACGCUGUUUGAGGAUGGUCACUCAUAUAUUGUUCAUUGGUGCUGCAGCUGCUGAGUUUGCCUGCACAGUUGUGGCGGCAGUUUUGGCUGCUCCACUUGUUGCACUGGCCAUUGCUGCUGCUAUUAUCCCAACACUAGCCGGACAGCAUUGGACUCUGUCUUGGAUUGAAGAUUCGGAAAUUCCUUCAGGGUAUUCUGACUCUGCAAUUCGCUUAAUGGAAUCCAAAACUAUGCGUUCCAUUAAGGAUUUGGGAGAAAUUCAGACGUAUCUCUGUCGUGUUGUAAAGGACAAAGAAUCACUCACAUCCGAUCUCAAUUCUGUAAUUGAGGGAGACGAAGAUAUCAACAUGAAAACUAUUGAGCGUCUUCUGAAGGACAUUAAUGAGUUGAAGGAAAGAGCAAGGAAUAGCAAGUCCAAGAUAUUGGAGGCAAGCAAGGAGGUUUCUUAGAAGAUAAAAGAAUAGGAUUUAAUUCUAAUUCAGUUAAUGUUGAGCAGUUAAGGCCAAUCACAAAAGAGGCCAAAAUAGCUCCUAUAUAUAUUAUAUUUUUUUUCUUUUCUUUCUAAGGACAUGUACUAACUUUAUCAACCAGCGAUUUUUCGAAAAGGAAAGACCUAUUCCUAUA